CAUCACGCCACGUUAUGGAAACAGCCUAUAGAAGCGCGCUUCGCAAUCCCCGAGCGUGGGUUCUCUCUUCCUCAUUAACCCAACCCAUCUCUCCUAUCUAUAAUUAGGUCUUCUCUGUGUGCCGGAUUAGACCCAGACCACUUCUUUGUACCACCCCCACACGUCUUUGUUCUCUAAAUAUCCCGCACCAACUUUUAUUUGGGUAUUUUUCAUUUUGGUGACACGGGACAGGAAAAGCACACCUAUGACUAUGGGAUAUUGUGUGUAUGUGUGAGAGGAUUGACAGACAAGGGCAUAUAGCAGAAAAUAAAAAGGGCACACAAAAAUUUCAAUCCCCCCAACCCCCACAUUGCCUGUGGCCUCCGUGCAAAACCAACCCACAACCCAACCUUACACUAUUAAAGAGAGGUGAGAGUUGGGGAAUAGCCAGUGACAUCAUAAGCAUCAUAUGGCAUUAUAAAUUUCAGUCUAAAAUCAUGGAAGUUCUUCCUUGUUCUGGUGUUCAAUAUGUUGGAGAAGCUGAUUGCUCUCAACCGAGUUCAGGAACGGCUUUUACUUAUGAUGGUGAAUCCAAUAUCCUUGAACGUGGAAAACAAGAUCAAUUGGCAGAUGGUAGACUGGAUGACUUAUUACUAAAAGUGGAAGGGCCUCAAAUAGAAAAACAAGGUGAAGUUCAAGGGACAGUUGAUGAAUUGCCUACUUCAGAAGGCCACUGCAGUGGAGCUUCUUAUUGUGGUUCCCAUGAUUUUGAAGAUGAUGAUGUAAAUACACAGAAUUAUUGCACAGAGCCUUGCAUGGUCUCAGAGAACUCUCAUAUAUUCGUGGAUACCAUUGAAGGUGAAUUGCCAAACAACAGGGAGGAGGAGUCUUCUCUUUCAGAGCCCACAUGGCUCGAAGGGGAUGAAUCAGUGGCCCUGUGGGUCAAGUGGAGAGGGAAGUGGCAGGCAGGAAUCAGAUGUUCGAGGGCUGACUGGCCGUUGUCUACUUUGAAAGCAAAACCGACACAUGAUAGGAAGAAAUAUAUAGUGGUUUUUUUUCCACAUACAAGGAAUUAUUCUUGGGCAGAUAUGCUACUUGUUCGUUCAAUCAAUGAGUUUCCACAGCCUAUUGCAUAUAAGACACAUAAAGUAGGAUUAAAAAUGGUUAAAGAUUUAACCAUUGCACGCCGGUUUAUAAUGCAAAAGCUAGCAGUUGGCAUGCUGAAUAUUGUUGACCAAUUUCAUGCUGAGGCUUUGAUAGAGACUGCUCGUGAUGUGAUGAUUUGGAAGGAGUUUGCUAUGGAGGCUUCACGGUGUAAUGGUUAUUCUGAACUUGGAAGAAUGCUUCUGAAGCUGCAGAAGAUGAUACUUCAGCGUUACAUAAACUCAGACUGGCUACAUCAUUCUUUUCACUCUUGGGCACAAAGAUGUCAGAAUGUGCAGAGUGCUGAAUCCAUUGAAAUGCUGAAGGAGGAAUUGUUUGAUUCUAUUUUGUGGAAUGCAGUCAACUCUCUCUGGGAUUCUCCAGUACAGCCCACAUUGGGUUCUGAGUGGAAAACCUGGAAGCAUGAAGUCAUGAAAUGGUUUUCGACGUCUCAUCCAAUAUCCAGUGGUGGAGACGUGCAACAGCAGACCAGUGAUGAUCUCUUGACCACAAGUCUUCAAGUUAGUAGGAAGAGGCCAAAGCUUGAAGUUCGUCGUGCAGAGGCACAUGCUUCCCAGGUGGAAACAAUUGGAUCUGGUCAGGCAAUAACUCUCGAGAUUGACUCUGCAUAUUUUAAUGGUCAUGACACUGUUAAUGCUGCUACAUCAGCAUUGGAACCCUGUAAAGAGGAUGAUAUAAAGGAGGUAGCUGCUCGUACAGAUACACCUACUUGCGUGGCUGAUAAAUGGGACGACAUUGUAGUUGAACCAGGAAAUUCAGAGUCACUUCAAACCAAAGAUCUGGAAUUGACACCUGUGAAUGAAGUGGGUGCGACAAAUUCCUUAGAGCCUGGGAGUAAGAAUCGACAAUGCAUUGCGUUUAUUGAAGCUAAGGGAAGGCAAUGUGUGAGGUGGGCAAACGAUGGUGAUGUUUACUGUUGUGUGCAUUUGUCUUCUCGUUUUAUAGGCAGCUCUGCUAGACCAGAACGAACUCUCUCUGUUGGUACACCGAUGUGUGAAGGUACCACUGUUCUUGGUACUAGAUGUAAGCAUCGGUCUUUAUAUGGCUCCUUAUUCUGUAAGAAACACAGACCUCAAAAUGAAACAAAAGGGACAUCAAAUUUUCCUGAGACACUUAAGAGAAAGCAUGAGGAGAACCUUCCCAGUUCAGAAACCACAGAAUGCAAAGAAAUAGUAUAUAUGGGAGAAGUUGAAAGUCCCCUCCACGUGGAUCCAGUCUCAGUUUCCGUUGAUGCCUUUCAUGGAGGGAACAUCUUAACUGAAAAGCCUGAGCAUCCUGGCAAGGAUUGUAAUGACAUGGAGGAGCUGCACUGUGUAUGCUACUACCUGCAUGAUAAUCUCAAUCCGUGUCUGGAAAGUCCAAAGCGCCAUUCGUUGUACUGUGAAAAACACCUUCCAAGUUGGCUUAAACGUGCAAGGAAUGGUAAGAAUAGAAUUAUUUCAAAAGAAGUAUUCAUAGAUCUUUUGAGGACUUGUGGCUCACAGGAGCAAAGGUUGCGAUUACAUCAAGCAUGUGAGCUUUUCUACAAGCUCUUUAAAAGUAUUUUAUCCCUGAGGAACCCAGUGCCUAAGGAGGUUCAAUUUCAGUGGGCCAUAUCUGAAGCCUCUAAAGAUUUUAGUGUUGGUGAAUUCUUUACAAAGUUGGUUUGCACUGAGAAAGAGAGACUCAGAAGGAUUUGGGGCUUCAGUGCUGAUGAAGUUGCACAAGUUUCCUCCUCUGUCAUGGAAGAACCAGCGUUGUUACCAAUGGCAGUUGAUGGUAGUCAUGAUGACGAAAAUACUAUUAGGUGCAAAAUUUGUUCAGAGGAGUUUAUUGAUGAUGAGGCACUUGGUGGCCACUGGAUGGACAUUCAUAAAAAGGAAGCACAAUGGCUGUUCAGAGGAUAUGCCUGUGCCAUCUGCCUUGAUUCUUUUACUAAUAAGAAAGUCCUGGAAACCCAUGUGCAAGAGAGACACCAUGUGCAAUUUGUUGAACAAUGCAUGCUUCUUCAGUGUAUUCCUUGUGGCAGCCAUUUUGGGAACACUGAUGAGUUAUGGUUACAUGUGCAUUCAGUUCAUCCUGUUGAUUUCAGGCUGUCAAAAGCUGGUCAACAGCACAAUCUGUCUGCUGGUGAGGGUUCUCCUCAGAAACUUGAGCUCUGCAAUACAGCUCCUGUGGAGAACAACUCUGAGAAUUUAGGUGGUUUCAGAAAGUUUAUUUGCAGGUUUUGUGGGUUGAAGUUUGAUUUACUACCUGAUCUUGGCCGCCACCAUCAAGCUGCUCAUAUGGGGCCAAGUUUAGUAAGCUCUCGCCCUUCAAAGAGAGGAAUACGUUAUUAUGCUUAUAGAUUAAAAUCUGGAAGACUCAGCCGUCCUAGAAAUAAAAAAGGUCUGGCAGCAGCAUCAUAUAGGAUCAGGAACAGGGCCACUGCUAGUAUGAAGAGACGCAUCCAGGCGUCAAAGUCACUUAGCACUGUCGCAGUAAGUAUACAGCCUCAUGUAACUGAGGCAGCUAGUCUGGGUAGAUUGACAGAAUCUCACUGCUCUGCAGUUGCAAAGAUUUUGUUUUCUGAGAUUCAGAAGACAAAACCUCAGCCCAACAACCUUGACAUUUUAUCUACUGCUCAUUCUGCCUGCUGCAAGGUCAGUCUCGUGGCGUCCCUGGAGGGGAAGUAUGGCGUCUUGCCAGAACAUUUGUAUCUGAAGGCAGCCAAGCUCUGCAGUGAGCAUAGCAUUCAAGUUGACUGGCACCAAGAGGGGUUUAUAUGUCCUAAAGGUUGCAAGGCAUUCAAGGACCCAUACUUGCUAUCUCCACUGUUGCCUUUUCCACAUGGGUCUGUGGGGUACAGAUCGGCACAUCCAUCGGAUCCUGAAAACAAUGAGUGGGAAGUGGAUGAAUGCCACUGUAUCAUUGAUUCUCGUCAUUUGGGACAGAAUUCCAUGCAAAAGGCAGUUGUCUUGUGUGAUGAUAUUAGCUUUGGGCAGGAACUAGUUCCCGUGGCCUGCGUUGCAGAUGAGGGUUUCUUGGAUUCUAUUCACAUCCUUGCAGAUAACUCUGAUGGCCAAAAUGUUUGGGAGAGCUUUACCUAUGUUACGAAGCCGUUGCUUGAUCAAUCUGUUGGUCGUGAUACAGAGAGCUUACAAUUGGGGUGUGCCUGCCCAUAUUCAACAUGCUAUCCUGAAAUGUGUGAUCAUGUGUAUCUUUUCGAUAAUGACUAUGAUGAGGCAAAAGAUAUUUACAGGAAACCCAUGCGUGGUAGGUUUCCAUAUGAUGACAAAGGCCGGAUUGUUUUGGAGGAAGGUUACCUUGUUUAUGAGUGCAAUCAUAUGUGCAGUUGCAGUAGAACCUGUCCAAAUAGGAUAUUGCAGAAUGGAGUAAGAGUGAAGUUGGAAGUCUUCAAAACAGAGAAAAAGGGAUGGGCACUCAGGGCAGCUGAAACAAUCCUGCGUGGCAUGUUUGUAUGUGAGUACGUUGGGGAGGUCUUAGAUGAGCAGGAAGCAAACAAGAGGCGCCACAGGUAUAGGAAAGAAGGUUGCAGUUAUCUGUAUGCCAUUGAUGCUCAUAUGAAUGAUAUGAGCAGACUGAUGGAAGGACAGGUCCCAUAUGUGAUUGACGCGACACAUUAUGGAAAUGUUUCACGGUUCAUCAAUCACAGCUGCUCGCCAAAUCUUGUGAAUUACCAAGUUCUUGUAGAAAGCAUGGAUAGUCAGUGUGCACACUUUGGUCUUUAUGCCAGUCGAGAUAUAGCUUCGGGUGAAGAACUGACAUUCAACUAUCGGUAUCAACUACUGCCUGGAGAAGGACAUCCGUGCCACUGUGGAGCUUCCAACUGCCAGGGCCGCCUUUAUUAAAUAUUUGAUCAACCCCAGCACUCUCUGCCUCUCCUUUCUGGACAAUCGGGUGCUUAAAAUUUUAUUGGUGGAGAAUGGGAGAAGCUGAGAUGGGGGAACAUCAAAUCAGUUGACAACAAUGUUUAUUGAGGUAGAUUACAUGUUUCUUUGAAGAAACGAGGACGAAACCCCCCUUUUUCGUCAUUUUUUUUUUUUUUUUUUAAUUUAUAAAUUUGGCAAAUUGUUUUUAUUUUCCAGAGCUGCUGUUCUUGCUUAUUAGCAAAUUGUAAAUGGUGUUCUCAAUGUUUAAAGUUCACUUUGAUAGGAAUGCGUAAAUGGCUAGUGUUUUAAAUCUAACUUGUAACAAAUUUUUUUUUUUUUUUUUCUUCUAUCAUUCAUGGUAUUACUAUUUCCGUUUCAAGAUUUAAGGAGUCUCCAAUCACCAUUAUUCUUA